AAUCAACAAUGACGUACCUUUCAUUGUGAAGCGGAGGAGCUACAAACAAAUAUUGUUAAUGUUUUGAAAAAACUGAAGAAUUUAACAGGAUGAAGGUGGUCAAUCUGAAGCAAGCCAUCCUGCAGGCAUGGAAGGAGCGUUGGAGCGAUUACCAGUGGGCUAUUAAUAUCAAGAAAAACUUUCCAAAGGGAGCAACAUGGGACUACCUCAACCUUGCAGAGGCCCUGAUGGAGCAGGCGAUGAUUGGUCCCUCUCCUAAUCCCCUUAUACUGUCUUACCUCAAAUAUGCUAUAAGUUCCCAGAUGGUGUCUUAUUCUAGUGUGCUUACAGCCAUAAGCAAGUUUGAAGAUUUUUCUCGGGAACUGUGUGUGAAGUCCCUGUUGGAGAUCAUGGAUAUGUUCUGCCAUCGUCUCAGUUGUCACGGGAAAGCAGAGGAAUGCAUCGGGCUGUGUCGGGCCCUGCUGGGAGUGGUGGUGUGGCUGCUGCAGGGCUGUGCCUGGUACUGUGAGAGGCUGAGAGAACUGGGCCCAUCAGCCAGCACAGAGGCCAGUCUCAGAGCCUGCCAGGAGAGGCUCCACAGUCUGAUGAACAGUACCAAGAACCGAGCCCUGGUCCACAUUGCCCGGCUAGAAGAACAAGGAUCCUGGAGCAGUGUAGAGCAAGCAAUGCUGAAAGUGACAGAUGGCCUCAGCAGCGUACCUAACCAGACACUGAGGACUAAACUGGAGGAGACCUUGUCACUAGUGAAAGGCAUUCCCCUGAUGCUGUCAGUGCAGUGUGACCCUCCGGUCCAUGCCUCUUUCCCAUCCAUCCACGCGUUCAUCAUGUUGGAAGGGACCAUGAAUUUGACAGGGGAGACACAGCCACUGGUGGAGCAGCUGAUGAUGAUUAAGAGAAUGCAGCGAAUUCCUGCUCCUCUUUUUGUCCUGGAGAUCUGGAAAGCUUGCUUCACUGGCCUCAUUGAAUCACCAGAGGGCACAGAAGAGCUCAAAUGGACUGCCUUCACGUUCCUGAAGAUCCCACAAGUUUUACUCCGACUAAAGAAAUAUCCUCAAGGUGAUAAAGGACAGGACUUUAUGGAGGACGUAAAUGUUGCAUUUCAGUACUUACUUAAGCUCACCCCACUGCUGGACAAAGCUGAUCAGAGAUGCAACUGCGACUGCCUGGGCAUGCUCCUACAGGAGUGUAACAAGCUUGGUCUGCUGUCAGAUUCAAAUACAGCCAGCCUCACUGCAAAACGGACCGAGGACAGGGAGUUCGCCCCAAGGCUAAAGACAGCAGAAAAUGCAAACAUCCAGCCAAACCCAGGUCUUAUCCUCAGAGCUGAACCCACUGUCACCAAUAUCCUUAAGACGGUAGAUGCAGACCACUCUAAGUCCCCUGAGGGCCUUCUAGGGGUCCUGGGACACAUGUUGUCAGGGAAGAGCCUGGAUCUCCUCCUGGCAGCAGCAGCAGCCACUGGGAAACUCAAAUCCUUUGCCCGGAAGUUCAUUAAGCUUAAUGAGUUUCCCAAGCACAUCAGCGGCGAAGGAUCCAAGUCUGCGUCAGUUCGAGCCCUGCUCUUCGAUAUCUCCUUCCUCAUGCUCUGCCAUGUGGUGCAGACAUACGGUUCAGAGGUGAUCUUGUCAGACCCAAGUCCUUCAGGGGAGACACCGUUCUUUGAAACAUGGCUGCAGACUUGUAUGCCUGAAGAGGGCAAGACUCUGAACCCAGACCACCCUUGCUUCAGACCAGAGCCUGGCAAAGUGGAGAGCCUGGUGACCCUGCUGAACAAUUCCUCAGAGAUGAAACUAGUUCAGGUCAAGUGGCACGAAAUUUGCCUCAGCACUCCAGCAGCCAUCUUGGAAGUUCUGAAUGCGUGGGAGAAUGGUGUGCUGUCUGUGGAGGCUGUACAGAAAAUCACUGAUAACAUCAAGGGCAAGGUUUGCAGCAUGGCCAUUUGUGCGGUGGCGUGGCUGGUGGCCCACGUCAGGAUGCUGGGGAGGGACGAGAGGGAGAAACCCCAGACUAUGAUAAGGCAACUUGUGACUCCACUGUAUGGGGAGAACACUCUGCAGUUUUACAUUGAACGUGUGAUCAUUAUGAGUUCCAUCAUGGAGCACAUGUGUGCUGACGUCUUCCAACAAACGGGCGCGACUCUGCGCUCCCCAAUGGAGGGCCAGGAGCCGAUUCCUUACCGCAACCUGCUGCCAGCCAAAGAACCCAUCCACAAAGCCCUCAGCAAGCAGUUCCAGGCGGUGCUGCGCAAAGGCUGGGUGGACAGCAGGGCCCUUCAUUUGUUUGAGAGUCUUCUCAACAUGGGAGGGGUUUUCUGGUUCACUAACAAUUUGGUCAAGGAGCUGCUGAAAGAGACUCGACAAGAGUGGGCAAAUCGGGUGGUGGAGUUACUCUACAGCAUCUUCUGUCUGGACACUCAGCAGAUCACCCUCACCCUGCUGGGUACCAUACUGCCCAACCUGCUUACAGACUCCGCCCACUGGAACAGCCUGGCGGACCCACCUGGAAAGGCAUUGGCCAAGCUGUCUGUGUGGUGUGCACUCAGCUCUUUCUCCUCUCACCACAAAGGCCCGUUCUCAGCUCGUCAACGCAAAAGGCAGCGAGAAGAUAUUGAGGACUACAACAGCCUCUUUCCCUUGGAUGACACUCAACCAUCUAAACUCAUGCGACUGCUCAGCUCCAAUGAGGAUGAGCCCGUGGCCCUUUCCAGUCCAGGAGACCGAUCUAUGAGCAGUUCCCUCUCAGCCUCCCAGCUCCACACUGUCAACAUGAGGGACCCUCUGAACCGAGUCCUGGCCAACCUUUUCCUCCUCAUUUCAUCCAUCCUGGGCUCCAAGAUGGCCGGACCUCACACCCAGUUUGUUCAGAGCUUUAUGGAGGAGUGCGUUGAGUGCCUGGAGCAGGGAAGUCGGGGGAGCAUCCUGCAGUUCAUGCCUUUUACAAUGGUUUCUGAGCUGGUGAAGCUGCCUGCUCUGGCCAAACCUAAAGUUGUCCUGGCCAUCACAGACCUGACUCUGCCGCUGGGGAGGAGAGUAGCUGCCAAAGCCAUAUCUGCCUUGUAAUCCAACUGUGGAUUUAAAUUUACAUCAGUACUAAAUUAACAUCCUGUUGGCCCAGUACUGUUUCCGUGGGUAAAGUACAGCAGAGGGGUAAAAACAAAACAUAUUUAGAUGUUCUGUAUUGGGCAGCAUCAUCCAUUUAAAAGGAUUUUCUUUGUUGGAAAAUUGUCUAUGAUCAUAUAUCUGUAAACGUUGUUUUGCUACUAUUUUGUUUUUUUUUUGUUUUUUUUAAUGUUCCUUUUCAUACUUGAUGAAAUGUGUAAAUAAGAUUUAGAGUAAAACCCCAUAAUGAAGA